GAACCCAAGUUAAGAACAACAUUAAUGAAAGUCUUGGGUGGACACAGCGACAGUUUUGAGCUUCCGAUAUACUUCUUGCCCACAUACAAAACUAACAAAAGCUAUUUGUUCAAUGACGUUGAUACAUUCUGCUUUUGAAAAGGGUACUCCCAUAUUAUUUAGGAACAAAACCAGAAACACUUCUAUUGUAUAGUCAACACACGUACAUGCGACACUGAAUAAUUCUUUUUGAAUUUCUAAACAGCAAAAUCUCUCUGAGGGGUUUAUUCCUAUGAGAUAAAAUAAAAAAAUAGGAAAAACGGUCAAAAACGUUUCUCCUUUUUACGUUUCACACUUCACGCUUCACGCUUCCGGUGAUUGCGUGAAGUUCGUAAUGACGUCAGAGGUAGGGCGCGAGGCUUUGUUCCGUCUGAAAAUAUCGAGAACUGUGUCAACAAAGCGAGAUAAUUGUAAAGGAAAAGGAUUUGUUUGUCUUAAGAUUGCAUUCAUCCUGUCAACCCCUUCCAAAUUGGCCGUCAUUUGCAUUCUAUCAACUGAGGCGAUAAGGAAAGUGUUUUUCGAUGUGCGGCAACCGUUUAAACAGUUGCUAAGCCGGUCGAAGAUUUGUUUGUAAGGCUCUCCGAACCGGUGACUUUUGAGCAGUUUGUGAGGGAUGAAUGAGCUGGUUGGUUAAACGCAAAGAUUUUGUACGUUAACUACAAUCGAUUCAUGCAUUGGAGAGUCACUGAAGGAGAUGUCGAGGUGUUGUGGAAACUUGUUUGUGCCACCCGUCCAAACAAGAUGAUUUCUUGUUGUUUUUAUGGGUGACAAUUUGGCCAACGAAAACCACUUUCGCAUUGUUUUGGGCUCUUUAUAUGCUGUGUACAUCCUUAGUUACAGUUAAUAUAAUUUCACGGCCGGGGUCCGCUUCAAAUUCCUUCGUUCAUAAACAUCUGUGUUGUGUGUACGAGAAUUUACGCACAACGUUUAACGCGUGGAACAAGAUCAGAUGUUUGGUAAAAGAUGACAGCACCGUUUUGGAGCACGUAGCGGAGAGCUUUGGAGCUUCAAAGAACGUCUCAUUUAUGAUAUGGCCGAUUAUGAAGUACCUCAAGAGGAAGAUGAGACUGGUAAAAGUAACAGUGUUACAGUUCUUGUCGAGAACGAAAAACCGAUCGCUUCUGAAGACGUGGUCGAAGACAAGUCACGUUCUUCUUCUAUCGCAUGGUCCACGCGGAGUUCGAUUGCGAACCAGUUACAAAGAACUCGUGAAAAGUUUCGCAGUUUGAAGCGGCGCUCAUCUGUUGAGAACUUUGGACAAUUUGGCUUCUUAGUCCCCGCCUUGGCAUUAUUUCCACAAGCUGAUGGGGCUGAUGCUCUCACACAACAGUUUGGUGAUCUACAAGGUACUCACAGAGAACUCAAGUUAGCUUCAGCACACAUUGACGAUGCACUUAAAGGAAGAGGAAGCUACGGAAAAGCUCGUUCAUACUUCAAACCUAAGCUUGCCCAAAGGUGCUUUGAUAUUUUGGACAACCCUUGGUUUCGUCGACUCAUCAUCUGCAACUCUCUGAUUCACUCUUUUCUUAUCUUCUUUGAGCCUCCAACUAUUCAAGUAUUAAGCGUUCAUCCAUUGGUGUAUGCUUUGAAUCUGUUCUGUAUCUUGCUGUUCAUCUUUGAUCUUGUGGUGCACAUCAUUUUCUUGACGUGGCCUGUGUUCUGGUCCAGAAGUGCUGAGGGAGGACAGUGGAAUGGGGUGGAAUUUGUUCUUGUUUGUUGUUUCACUGUGGAUUUUAUGUUGCUGAUUACAUCCAGGGCUUUAGGAAAGUAUCUACCACAGGUUUUUAGGUCCCUCAGGUUAGCUCUUAUAUUGUGCAAAGUCAAGAAUAUCCAACAUAUUUUUAAUGUAUUGAUGACAAUUGGAUUUAAACUUUCUAAGUUAUUUUUCAUAAUCUUAGUAUUUGUCUUAUUGUGUGCCUCUAUUGGGGUUCACAUACUUAUGGACGCUUAUCAAUGUAAUGGACCAUUAGGCAAUUCAUCUUCCUCAACUGUUCAUCAUGGCAAAACAGUUCCAUGCUACAUUGUGACUGAAGAAAAAGUGUACCAGGGGGCUUUUGAUGAUGUUGCAAUUGGAAUGCUUAGAUUGUUUGUCCUGCUGUCAACUGAAAAUUUCCCAGAAGUGAUGCUUCCUGCGUUGAGGGUGGAUCCAGCAUAUUUUAUUUAUUUUGGAUUGUAUGUAUUUGUUGGGGUGUUCUUUUUAACUGCAAUCCUUUUAGCCAUUGUGGUGGAUAGCUACUGGGUUUAUUCUAAGAAGCAUGUCAAGAAAGAACGUUCCAGAGAAAGAGCAGAAUUGGCAAAGGCUUGGAAUCUUUUGGAUCCUCUUGGAAAAGGAGCCUUGAGUGUUGAUGAUGAAAAAUUUACAAUGUUGUUUCACCUGUUAAAGCCAAAGAAUUCAGAGGCAGAGAACCUAGUUCUUAUUGAAAUGUUGGAUGCUAACGAAGAUGGAGAGGUCGAUUCUUUUGAAUGGACGACCAUGCUGAGCCAGGUUCUAAGUCUUGAAUUUGAAGAUGAUGAUGACUUCUUACUACUAGAUGAGACAAUAGGUCGUUCCAAGUUGAUGAUCAGGAUCAGAGAGAAUGCAGAGUCCCUUUCUGAGGUACAAUUCAAUCCUUAAUUUCUCAUUUACUUAUUUUCUGUGUGGUUGCUACAUUUUAGAUGCCCCUACUACUCUCUCUGAAAAGAUGGCAACUUGUAUACAUCUUACAUACAACUAAGAUUCUAAGAAGAUAAAUUGAUGUUAUUUUGUUUUAUUCUUCUAAACCUGACAGUCAUGAACCCUGUAGAAUCCUUUUACGUAAUAUAUCAAAUUGAAAGGUGUACUUCUAAUACCGUACUAAGACCCUAAGACCCUAAUAGCCUAAGACCCUAGUACCCUAACACCCCACGACACUAGUACCCUAAUAGCCUAAGACCCUAGUAACUUAAGACCCUAGUACCCUAGUACCCUAAUACCCUAAAAGCCCAGUACCCUAAGAACCUAGUACCCUACCCUAAUUCUUUAAGACCUAGUACCCUAAUACGCUAAUAUCCUAAUACCCUAAUACCCUAAGACCCUAGUACCCUAAUACC